AGCGGUCCCCCGCCCCCUCCGCCCGCCUCCUCCUCCCUCGCCCGCAGCCGAGUGUCCCCUCCCCCAACCCGUCGGUCUCCUCGGCGGCUACUGCAGAGGUUUCCGAGCCGAGUCGCUGAGCAGGAGUCUCCCAGUCCCUGCGCGCCAUCGGCCACCCUGCAGACACGGCUAGAGGAGCGAGAACGUCGCUGCCAGCCGCCAGAGAAGACAAGGGCAUCGCCACCUAAGCCGCCGCCGUUUUCGACUGCAGUCGCUCGCCGGAUCCUCAGUCUUCCACAAUGAACCCUGUUUACAGCCCCGUGCAGCCUGGGGCUCCUUAUGGCAACCCUAAGAACAUGGCCUACACAGGUUACCCUACAGCCUACCCGGCAGCAGCACCUGCCUACAACCCCAGCCUCUACCCUACCAAUAGCCCCAGUUAUGCUCCAGCAACUCUGCUGAUGAAACAGGCCUGGCCACAGAACUCGUCUUCCUGUGGCACUGAAGGCACCUUCCACCUCCCAGUGGACACCGGGACCGAGAACCGAACUUACCAAGCAUCCUCUGCGGCUUUCAGAUAUACGGCAGGGACACCAUACAAGGUCCCACCAACACAGAGUAAUACUGCUCCACCCCCCUACUCCCCAUCACCCAACCCAUAUCAGACGGCCAUGUAUCCAAUCAGAAGUGCCUACCCUCAGCAGAAUCUGUAUGCCCAGGGAGCCUACUACACUCAGCCGGUGUACGCUGCCCAGCCUCAUGUUAUCCACCACACCACAGUCGUUCAGCCAAACAGCAUUCCUUCUGCCAUCUACCCAGCACCUGUUGCUGCCCCCAGGACUAAUGGUGUGGCCAUGGGCAUGGUAGCAGGGACCACCAUGGCGAUGUCAGCAGGUACCCUGCUGACUACACCCCAGCACACUGCGAUCGGGGCACACCCUGUCUCCAUGCCAGCAUACAGGGCCCAAGGAACCCCUGCGUACAGCUAUGUACCCCCGCACUGGUAAAGCCUGCAGCCCAUCCAAAUCUGGAGUCACACAUUGUAUGCAACUACUCAAGUCUUACAUAGGUGCUGGAGCAGUUCCCUAGCAGCACCACCUCUAUUUGCAAGAAGAGACAACGGAAGUGCAAGGGUCACUUUAUGCAUCUUUAGUGGUUUUGGUUUUAUUUUUGAUUUUUGUAAAAGCUGCUUUUUCUAAUCUCCUGCCUCUCCCCAACUGCCCUCGUCUUAGCCAGCCCUUCCACAACUCCCUCCUACCUUGCCAGCCACACGCCCUCUGCUCCUCUCCCUUUCUCAAGUGCUUGGUUCUCGGGUAGCCCGGUUCAGUGUCAAGCAGCUAGUGGGGUUUAUUGCAAUGGUUCAGCUGAAGGCUUACUUUGACUUAGAGAGUGGGAACAGAUGUGAUUCACAGAUUAAGGGUAAGAACUCAGAGCUGCCGAUGCUGAGCACGCUGCAUCUCUAAGGGGUCAUUUUCCCCCUUUGGUGGAGGGGGAUUUCCUAAGCAAGAUUAGUUAAGGGCAUUAUCAUGUCCUGACACAAUGAAAUAUCUCCUGAGAACCAUCGCAACAAACCAAGAACAAAACGACCUGAUUAUGUAAGAGUGUUAAUAGCAGCUUGAUACACCAGGCUGAGCACCUGGGAAAACAUUUCCUUGGGAGAACUUGGGGGUGGGUUGGGAGAGGGAGGUGGGAGGAGAGAGGAAAGAAAGGGAGAAGAGGGUACUUGCCUGCUGGCUUCGUUUGAAAGGUCUUUGGUCAAACUAGGCCUGGACCUUCUGAUUUGCACAGUGAUGUAAACUGA